UAGGACAGACCAAACAAAGACACAGACAUGGAAGACAAGAAAUUACACAGUGAUCCUCCCAGGAUAAAACAGACUCAGGAAAAUAAACAAUAUUCUGAAAGGGGAGUGACAGAAAGGCUCAAGAAUCCACCUGGAAACCAGAGAGCCUAUAUGGAAAACAACAAACAGCCCUGCUCUCCAACCAAAAUGCCGGGGAGAAGCACUCAAGGAGUGGGCAAUCAAGCUAAUUGCAUCCCGUUGGUAUCACAACGCAAACCCAACAAGCUAAGGAAUACGCUUCAAGAAAAGACCAAAUUUCGCGAACAUUGUACAAGAAUCGUGUCUGAGAAUCUGGCCAAGACGCUGAAGAAAACAGCUCAUAGGCAGCAUUAUGCGGACUUGGCCUGGAGCAAAACAGCUGAACAGCGAGAAUAUGAGAGGAAAGUUAAAGUUAGAAAGAUGAAACAUCUAGCUGCUGUAAAAAUUUUCCUGGAAAAGACGCCAGACCUUCAGACAAGCUCUGAAAAAAACGACGUGGCUGAAAGGAAAAAGAAGAAAGUCUUGCUUGAAUCACGCCAGGUGCAUCAAAUCGAGCAAAUUGAGAAGAGGAAACAAAAGACGGAUUUGGUGGCUGACCAAAGCCAAUCUAAACGUGAAACUUUGGCACACAGCAGCAGGGAGUACAUUCCUCAUGAAGUCAAAGAUCGUAAGAAAAUCGUGAAUGACCAAAUGUUAGACACAACGAAGAAAAACAUGACCAAAGAGCUUCUUGCAGAAAAAAAACUAAGGAAAGAAAUGCUGGAUAAGUACUUAGCAGGAGCUAACGAUCGCAGGAUAAAAAGGGAGAGAGAAGUUAAAAUUAACAAGGAUCUGACUGACACGUGGAAUGCCCAAAUAACACUCAAACAGCAGGAGAAGAGGGGGAAGGAGGAGUCUAAAAGGGAAAUGAGGCGGUGCUUAUUUGAAAUGGACAGAUGGCAUGAAACUGAAAAAAAGAUGGUGCUAGCAGCAAGUGGGGGAAAAGCUAGCUGUGAGUCACAGGAAGUUUCCCCCAGGAUGUCCCCUAACUAACCACGUCUUAAGAGGCUGAAAGCGUUUCAGUAUGCAGAGACCCCUUAAAGAAUUACAACUGUAAUUUCUGUGAAAAGUGGUUUUGCAAAGCAAAACUGGUAGCUCUUGUGAGUAAGUACCCUUGGUGUACAUUGUUACAGAUUGUUAUCCAUUAAAUCUUACAUUCUCCGCUUCAACGUGUAAAAUCCACAGCUGGAUCGUUUGUUCCAAGAAUCUGAAUUUAACGGGUUUAGAAUUGGAAAGUCAUCACCAUCAGCCCCCCCUCCUGAGUUGUUAACACUCUCACACAGCUGCAAUACUUGUCUCCCUGUCUGAGAGGAGAAAAAAAAGUUUUUUCUCUCCCAGAGUCCAACAAACCGCACCUGUUAAGGUAAAUGAGGCAUAAGGGAAGAAGGAGAUGAGGGAAAGAGGAAAUGUAAGCGCCUACCACUCCAACAUAUGUUAAACCGCUCCACACGGACUACAAGUCUGUUAGUUUGUGUUGAUCUUAUUGCACAUUAGGAAAUAAAGCAUAUUUCUUUCUUAUAUACUACUUUUAGUAAUAUGUGCAUUUAUACCACAUUGCUAUAACAUCGUUCAAGCACAAGGUAAGUCGAAGUGUUUUACUGCAAAACAAAUGAUCAGAGAUAAGCAUGUCGUGAAAAGAAUAGCAAAAAAAAAAAAGCAUUUGACAAAAGGAAAGAAACUUUUAAUUCUAAUUUUAAACAAAUAAAAAGCUGGAAAAAUUAUACAAAUGCAUUGAUAAAGCAAUCUUUAACCUAAAAGCUGCAGUAAACAGUAAUGUUUCCUGUUCUGUUGUAAAGGAGCCAACAAUUUCUGCACAUCUGAGGUUUUCAGGUUGAAGCAUGACUUUGAAAGGCCUGUUUUGAAUAUUAAAGCCUUCAAAAUGUUCCGCAACAACAAAAUAAAUCAUCUAGCUCUUAUCUUACAUUCAAGUGUGCUUGUUAUCAUCAGUAAAUAAUUACCACUCACUGAACUCCCUUUACUUUAUGAUGGAUGUUUGAAUUUCCUUCGGGAUUAAUAAAGUAUCUAAUGGGUUUUGGGGUGCAGGGACCUUUCUGAGCAAAAAUGGUAUUGUGUAGGUUUUCCAAUCCAGUUACAGACAUCUAGGGUACAUAGCACUGAGACAACACUUUUAACUGUUUUUAACGACAUUCUUUCAUUCUCUGGAAGCUUUGUUUUCCUCGUACUUUUAGACAUGAUUGCAGUAAUUAAUCUUGCUGUCGACAGCAAUUGUAUCUCUCAUUUGGAGUAUCAGGUUAGGAAAAUAGGUGCAGCAGAGGAAUGGCUCCCUUCAGAUCUGAGUGACAGAGGUUUCUGUGUUAAUCAUGAAGUUUUUUUGUGGAGCUCCUCAGGGUUUGAUCCUCAGAUUAGUUUUGUUUUUUGUUUUUUUUGUACGUUUGCUGUCUUUGGGUCUAUUUGGAGAACACAUGGCUUCUCCUUCCAAUGCAAUGUUGAUGACUGCCAAAUUUACAGCC